AUGUUAAUUCCAAAAGAAGACAGAAAGAAGAUCCACCAAUACCUCUUCCAAGAGGGUGUCGUUGUUGCUAAGAAAGACUUCAACCAACCAAAGCACGAUGAAAUUGAUACUAGAAACUUGUUCGUCAUCAAAGCUUUACAAUCUUUGACUUCUAAAGGUUACGUCAAGACUCAAUUCUCAUGGCAAUACUACUACUACACCUUGACUGAUGAAGGUGUUGAAUUCUUGAGAACCGAAUUGAACAUUCCAGAAGGUAUCUUGCCAUUGACCAGAUUGAAGAAUGCUCCAGCUGAAAGACCAAGACCAUCAAGAGGCGGUCCAAGAAGAGGUGGUUACAGAGGUAGAGCUAGAGACUAA